ACAAAAUCCAUAUCGACCAGCCAAACCAAAAUUGACUCAUAUUAAAAGCAUAUUACUAUAUAGCCUUAACCAAAUUAUACAUUUCUUCCAUCAAAAAUAAUGGCUUUCAUUCCUCAUGAUCAUGAAUACUAUAGUACUCGUGGCCUUUUCUCCAAUGAAUUCAUCAAUUCUUCUCUUGUUACUAAUCCUCUCCCACAAAUAUGUAAUUCCCAACCAAACUUAUUAGUAACCCCCUCACUUUAUGAUCAUAAUAUUAAUGAUCAACUACUCAAUAUCAAUUCACUAGCUCAUGAUCAUUAUGUGCCACCAUCAAUUUCAAUGAUGCCAUGGUUCCCUGAGCGCCUAGGGGUUUCGGACAUGACGGUGCCGGUGUUACUACCGGCAUCGUCUAAUUCGAGUGACUAUUCUUUGAAUAGUUCUACUCAUCAUCAUCAGGUUUAUGCAGCAGACAACAACAACAGUAAUAAUAAUAAUAAUCGAUGCGGCAGUCAACACCAUGAGGGUUGUGAAUCUUGGGAUGAAAAUACUGAUCAUGGUUUCGAAUCCAAUUUCUGGGCCUCUUGUCCUACCUCCAACAAUUGGGGAGCUCACAGGGAAACAAGUCCAAAACUCAAAGAAGCUCCAGCAAUGAAGAUCGGCAGGUAUUCAGAAGAGGAGAGAAAGGACAGAAUUCUUCGGUAUCUCAAGAAAAGAAAUCAAAGGAAUUUCAACAAAACUAUUAAGUAUGCUUGUCGUAAAACCCUAGCAGACAAACGUGUUCGAGUUCGUGGAAGAUUUGCUAAAAAUAAUGAAGCUUGUGAUGAUGAACUCCACAUGAAGGGAAAUGUUAAUUGCCAUGGAGAUCACAAGGAUGUUUUCUAUGAUAAUCCAUUAGUCCAGAUGAAACAUGGUGAUCAUUAUAAUGAGGAGAGUUGGUUAGAAGAGGCUAUGAUGUAUAUACCUUAUAUAGGUAGCUCCUAUGAUGGAAGUUUUAUGAGCUGAUGUUCAGCCAUUUGUUUAUUACACCACUACUUAAGUUCCUAUAUAAAGUUGAUGUACUAAUUAUUAUUUAUGAUUAAUAGUUAAGGUUCAGCUUCUUUAU